GAUUAAAUUAAUUAAGCACAAAGUAUGGGUCUUACUUAAAUUAAAAAUGCGAAAUAAAUUAUUUUUAAUAAUUUUCACCAUAAUGUUAAAAAAUGUCCAAGCAAAUGUCAAUUCAAAUUUAACUGAAGUGUGUGAACCAUUCUCACCGCGGGUCAAUUGUUCAUUUUUAUCGGAUGAAUUUAUCGAAUGUGAUAGUCCAUUAGAUUUAAAAGGUAAUCAAACCGCAUAUGAAACGUUAGGUUACGGUUGUGUAAAAUUCGGUGGACAUUUGUACAAAGAUGUUGUACGGACUAUAGUGAAUUGUACGGUGCUUCCAAAUAUCGAAUGUUGUGGAAAUCGAACGUUCCAUCGUGCUGGUGUACCAUGUGUCAAAUAUUCGGAACAGUAUUUUACCACAACGUUAUUGUAUAGUAUAUUAUUAGGAUUUUUGGGUAUGGAUCGAUUUUGUUUGGGUCAAACGGGUACUGCAGUUGGGAAACUGUUAACAUUAGGUGGAAUUGGUAUUUGGUGGAUUUUGGAUAUUGUUUUGUUAAUUACGAAUGGAUUAACGCCUGAAGAUGGCAGUAAUUGGAAUCCUUAUGUUUAAGAAGAUUUUUUUAUUAUAAAUAAAUAUUUGUUAUUAGAAA